AUUCAACUCACCGGGAGUCACAGAUGGUUGAUUGGCAAAGUGUUUCACCAGUUGAGCAUGUUUUUCAUGCCUCCCCUGCUAUACCCUCUACCUCUACACCGACUUUACCACCGCGACGAUUAUCUCCACGUCAACUUUUUCCACCUACAACGGCUUCACAGUCCCCACUACGGAAAGCUUUACCUUAAGGUAGUUUAAACCCCGCAGAUAUUUCACCAGAUAUGUUCGCACCGACCACCCCAAGACCUGCCUCACUGAUGGUCAGAAAUGACCUGUACGCCGUUUCAGAAUCUCAGUCUACUAUUUCGCCUAGCAUUCUACAACUGGUACAGCACCGAACGACUUCGGAACAUAACGUUUUAAUUGAGGGUGAAAUUCUGAAUAUGACGGAGUGUUCCGGACAUGAACAAUCAGAUGCAAUGGAGUGGGGUGAUGACGGUAAUGACGAAGAGUUGAAUGUACAUAUGGACACAUACGAAGGGUGGGGUAGCGAUUAUGGAGAAACUAAUGAAUUAAUCUUGAAAAAUAUUAAAUAA